GAAGGCCCACGGUAAGCUUGCAAGAGAGUAUGGCCUUGUCGAGAAGAUCGUCACCACUGCUAUCAGGCAGGCGUCAGCGAGGACACAACAGCAGCCGGCGAACAACAUUCUGAACGUCCCAAGCGUGGCUGGCGGUAACGCGUGGCUGAUCUUGCACGAAUUCUUUGACGCCUACCUCACUGACACCUUUGACCGGAAAGACACCGCAGCUUCCGAAAGAUAUCGAAUGUCUUACCAGGCAUGUAAGCGUUAUAUCGCUGCAGUCACUCAAUACUUCGUCACGACCACCGGCAACGUUUGCGCGACUGAGCUAGAUGCGUUUACCAAGGGCGCAGAAUUUGGCGUGCCGUGUCACAAGGUCGUCAUCUUCGUGGAUGAAGCAGCGAAGGAUCUGGAGAUCAACGUCUGGGCUGGCAUCGUCAACCAGACAUGGGCGGACAAGGUCCACGGCGUGUUCUUGUUCGGUGACGACAAGCAGCUCAAACCAACAAACACCAGCUCGAAGAAGAACGAUCGAUACAACGCGUUCAGUGAUCGGCUCGACAUCUCACUACCGUGUCGGCUCGUCAGGCAGGGGUUCCCACACUUUCGCCUUCUGGAGCAGCGGCGUAUGAAUGCGGCGAUCGCUGCCUUUCCGAAUCGUGCCUUCUACGACGGGCUGUUACGCGACGGACCAAAAGCAUUGCGACCACUUGAACCUGUCAUGCUCGGCCUUCACGCCGUUCUGAAAGGGAUCCUGCAGAAGAAGCUCUGCAACAACAUUAUUACUAAUGAGCACGUCCGCCUGGCGUGGAUCGAGAUCGUUGCGAGGCGAGAGUACAGGAACGAUUCAGCAUACGUUGACAAGCACACCAGUGAGUUUUUCGAAAAGGUCUAUCCUGACCUACUGGGGUACUUCAAGCAGCCUCAGCAGGAAGGCAAGACCGUGGAAGGCCACAUGAUGAUCAUAUGCGCGUACAAGGAAGCUCUCUUACGCUACUGCACCAAGAGAGAUGAGCUCCUCAAGCGUGAUGCGAGCUUGACAUUGGCAGACAUGCCACGUAUCCUGACCGUUGAGGCCAGUCAAGGCGAGGAGUCGACAAUGGUGGUCCUCGACGGCUCGUUUCAAUUCGGCGAUGCAAUCGGCUUCAUGGACGACAAAGGCCGCUGCAACGUUGCUCUGACUCGAGCCAAAGAGGUGUUAUGGGUCCUGGGCGGCAGAAUGGGCAUGAAGGUGAAGGGUGAGCAUCGUUCAUACUCUGCGCGCACGCUCUUGGAGAUGUUUGAGCGAGGCGAGCGCGAUCCCCAUGGCAAUGUUCUGAAUGGAAUCACUCGGUACAAGGUGCUCCCGGGGUAAUACAGGAUUGACUGCUAGGAUGGCACGAUGAGGCGCACGCAACGAAGGCCUACGAAGGAUAAGCCGUGCAAGACUUGCAUGGCGGUAUCGAGGUCAAUAGACAUCACCGCACGGCAUGCAGCGUUCGGCAGACCAAUGGGCGUUAGCAAUGCAAUAGCUUCACGUUGCUAUGGCGCUAAUGAUGCU